GAGCCGUAGACAUGGUGAGGGGUUUCGGUGGUGCUUUGGGGGUUGUGUAAAAGAAGUUUUAGCUGAGAGGUGAAACGGCCACGUUGUGUUGUUCGUUGACAAAGUUUGUGGAUUAAGAUCGGCCGAGAUUUCAGCCACCGAAGCCGCGCAUCCAGAGACUUUUGUUCCGCCCUAGCGUCCAACAAGUGGGUCGGCAGGAUAUCCAUAGAUCGACGCAGGCUUUCUGUUGGCCUCGUAAGCUCCGUGGGCUGGUCACCGGGGAUCCUUACGGUGCAUUCGGCGUGUCGCUGGUGCAGCGUGCGUCUUCGGUUGUCGGAAGUAGGCGCCCUCGCUCACGGUCAACCUCUUGUUUUCCGCAGUGUUGUUUCCUCAUCCAGAUGAUGUAGGACAGGUUAUAGACAUUUCUGGAAUGCAUCUAGGGGUUGUUGGUUGCGGCGCCCCUAUCUGUUUAGUGUUGAUCGUCGUUGUUGCUUGUCCUGUAGACGAGUUUACGACUUUGCAGCUGCGGGGGAGGAGUUCAACAGCUGUCGCGAUCAAGCCAUCGGCGGCGUCGUGUAGGCACUGGAAUGUGGUGAUAUACGCAAUAUGCGCGGCAUGAACUUAGAGGGAGAUUGCAAGUAACGUGAUAUUGCACGCGUGGUUUAAACCAAACAGCCAAUGUGUUCUGAGCGUAGAUCACUGCAGCAUAGGUUUGGGAGUGUUCAUAUUGGACUUUCGGAAUGAGCAUUCAUACAGGGGAAUGGACGACGUUGGAAGGGCGGCUCGCCCGAGCUUUGGCCUAGCGAUGAUCGUGUUGCGUGCCCCUCGCAAUUUGUCGAUUGGCAUACCCCGCCUCACUCAAGUCUGAUCUGCACCUGCAAGGUGUGCGCAAUUGGGGGAGUAGAAGAGGACCAUUCGCUCGUCGGGCUGCUCUUAAUAAUUCUGAGACCUUGAGAGCGACAUUGCCGUGACGACGUCUUUGGGCACCGCAUGGUGAUACUGAAUCUAUGGACUUGGAGCGUGAGGGACCAACACCUCAAGCUCACGAAGAAUCAUUUGCUCCUCCUUUGAUUCAAAUCAUACACACGACUGCGUUGGAUUCUUCAGCAACUCCACCAUUGUCGGUAGAAGGUCACACUCCUAGCACCGCUGCGAGGAAAUCGACGCCCUCUGGGCGCCCCGAAAAUUCUCGUGGGCGUAGAGAAGCCUGCGACCAACCGUCGACGCUGCUCCUAUCUCUCACUUUCCCCCCUAGAAAUGCUUCUUCUAGCCACGAAAUCCGCCCACCAGAUCGUCGCCAUAGUGAAUCAUCGGUACCGUCAUUCGAUCCCGAUGAGCUUUUCUCUCCAACCAGCGUCACGGGAAAAGCCCGCUUUGCAUUGGCGUUGGACUCGUACACCCCUGCCAUCUCUCGCGCUGGCCCCGAAAUCUCUACCAACUCUCCGGUGUACUCUUCCUUCGAGCACCUGACUUCCAGCCCAAAACAAUCUUCCCCGUCAUUCUCCUCUCUUCCCCCUUCAAUCGAGUCCUUACUUCCUCUCUCGCAUUCUGAAUCCAAGUCUGCUCUUCCAGAAAUUCGGAACCCUUCCGAUGCAAGAUCUGGAGGACCCUUACUAGACCUUAUACCGCUAUCUUUACGUCCUGACCAAACCCUCUCAUUCGUGAACCCCUUGACUGCAUCGAGUACUCCCUUGACACUGACGCCGUCGACGAUUUAUUCUCAUGGUGCGCCAACGGAGUGUCACACUCCUCAGUCUCCGCCUCCAUUUGCAUUGCCUUCGUCUGCCACAUCCCCGCUGCAUUAUGUCACCGAAUCGGAUCGAUCAGGGUUUCUCACGCCAGAUACGGGAGAUUAUCUCUCCAGCAGCGCGAGCACGUCGUUCUGCACACCGGGCGACGUGCUGCGGAAUGAGAUUCCCUUGCAGUCCUUGCCUGGGGCGGCCCUGAACGUGCCCGUGAAUCGGGACGCCACUCGACGAAAUUCUUUCGCGUUAGAGUAUCAGAAGUCCAAGGAUGGGGUUCCCGUUGUAUCGUCGGCAUCGACGCAGGAAUCGACCACGGAGGGGAAGUUGGAUGCGCCUAGAAUUUCGUUGUCGCCGGGAUCCGCAACGCACCCGCGGAGUUGUGACGUCUACAUCGGCAUGUUCGGGGGUGAUCCGUUGCUGCUCAGGUACUCCAAAUGGAUGCACGCGGAGCUGGAGCUGCACGGAUUGGCGUGUUUCUCUGCGGACCGAUCUCUGUAUGCGGACCAGCGUAGCCACGACAUUGCUCGGGGAAUCCUGCAUUCGGCAACGUUCGGCGUGGUGCUCAUCUCCCGGAACGCGUUCAAGAAUCCUUACACAAUUGAGGAGCUGACCAUCUUUCGGGACCGGGGGAACUUGGUGCCGGUGUUUUUUGAUGUUGCGCCCCCUGACUGCCUGGUGAGAGACAUCGUGGAGAAGCAGGGGGACAUCUGGGAGGUCGAAGGAGGGGAGCUUUGGAAAGUUUACAUGGGCGAGGAGGAUGGCUGGUUGGAAGCGGUGAAGGGGCUCCUCAUGGUGGAGGAUUGGCGAGUGGAAGCGUACAGGAAGAAUUGGAGGGAGAGCAUUCAGCAGAUAGUGAGUAUAGUGGGGUCGAAGUUGGGACGGACCAGCAUCACGGACAGCGAGAAAAUCCGGAUAGAGCGAGCAGCGACAGAGGAGAUACCGUGGCCGAGGAAUGUCUACUUCGCAGGAAGGGAGAAAGAGUUGAAGCUUUUGGAGAAGAUUUUGUUUGCUAAUACUCAAGCGCCGCCAGUAGCGGCACAAACCCUACCGUCACGAAGGAGUGACGUCUCUAGUAAAGCUGGUGAAGGUGAGGAGACAGAACCGAGGCUUUCGAAUUAUGACAGCGAGAAUCACGACGAGGUUUCGAAUCAAAGCGAGGGGGAGCGAGGAAGGGACCAUGCCGGAACUCGGCGAAGUGGAGCCCGACGGCCAAGCUCUCAAGUUCGCGAGAAGCGGCGAGACUCGGCGGAUCGGAAAAGAGAGGGUGACAGAACCAGGUAUACUCAGACGUGCAUUGUGACGGGAAUUCCUGGAAUUGGGAAGUCUGAGCUCGCUUUAGAAUUUUGCUACAGGCAUGCACAAAAAUAUAGGAUGGUGCUAUGGGUGGGCGGGGAGUCUCGGUACCUCCGGCAAAGCUAUUUGAAUCUGUCCACUCUGUUGGGUGUGAAUGUGGGUACGGAGACUGGACCGGGGUCAGAAAGGAGGCGAAUGCAGUCGUUCGAUGAGCAGGAGGCAGAAGCACUGCAGAGGGUGCGACAUGAGCUGCAGAAAGACAUUCCCUACCUUCUCGUCAUCGACAAUUUGGAUAUGGAGCGCGACUCGUGGGAUGGGCGGGAGCUCUCAGAACUGUUACCUCGACCAGGAAGCGCAACGCACGUCAUUAUUACCACUCGUCUCCCUCGCGUCAUGCACCUGGAUACUUUUGAGCUGCCCUACUUGUCGAGCUUUGAAGCACUCACCCUCAUGCGUGACGGGAAGAAGUCGGAAAGAUCGUUCUCUGUCCAACAAAUUGACAAGUUCAAAGAAUUCGAGGACAAACUCCGUCGUCUCCCAUUCGGGUUAGCCAUCGUCGGGAGGCUCAUCAACGAAUUCAACAUGAAACCCUCGGAGAUUCUUGCAAAGAUGGGGACAAUCGAUACCAAGCGAACUUUCUCCAUCGAGAGAGACGACGUGGUGUUGCGCUGUAACCCAUUUUUGGUGAAGCUUCUGGACGUUUGCUUUAAUCUUAUGGGGGGUGCGAGCGGUGCCAAAAGCCUUGCAAUUUUCAUGGCGUAUGUUGGCGGAUGGUUUGGGCCCGCACCUUGUCCCCUCUCGCUCCUCACAUUGGCUGCCAAAAAGCUCAAGAAGGAGCUCGGGGGGCGGACCAAAAAGAUGUUAAGCUGCUGGAUAUCCAAAACAAAUGCACACACCGAGGCUGAUGCCAGAGACCUCUUGACCAGGCUUGGCCUUGCGCGCGCCUCCAUGCGCCCCGAUUGUCUCUAUUUCCCUGACAUCAUCCAGGUUUAUUGUCAAAAGAGGGGAGGCGCGAUAGCGGCUCGGUCCUUUGUGCGUGCCAUUCUGAAGAGCGGCAGUGUUGUUCACAAUUAUGAUCAGUUCUGGGCUGCAGCUUACUUAGUUUGUCGUUAUGGCAGCGACCCGGCUGUGGUGGAAUUUCAAGCGCCAGAUCUCCUUGACUUUACAAGACGCCUUGUGAUGCCACUGGCAAUUCGUGCCUUCAACAAUUUCUCGCGCUGCACGGCUGCCCUGGAGGUGUUACGCCUUUGUUAUGAGAUGUUAGAGGACGUUGAGAAAUCUUACGUUUCCCAGAUUCAGGAUCGCUGGGAUCGGUCCCUGUGCUGGAGGCGUGGCAAUAGUGGUCCAUCGCAUCAGGUGGACGAGUAUGUAUGGCAAGACCUGACCCUCCUGAAAGCUCUGCUGCUAGAGGCGCGAGCGAAGCUCUUGCUAAGAGGCUGUCAAUACGAAUCUGGAAAGGAACUCUGUCGCACUUGUAUCAAUAUACGAACUGUCAUGCUGGGAAUCGAUCACCCGGAUACUCUGGCUGCCCAAGAAACCCUGUCCAAGUUUGACGUUCGAAACAGAGCUAGCUUUUCGUAACCGUCUUUUAUUCUUUACCUUCUAUUGAAGAUGCUACAGACGAUUUGCGGAGGAUCUGGUUUGCACUUCAUCGUUUCAACCGAUGCAGAGGAAGCAUGGACGAUUCAAGGAGUCGUUUCCUUUCAAUGAGCAUCAGGACAGUUUGGAUUGUUGGGAAUGAACGAUCAGUGAGCCCAAAUCCUAUGCUUGAACCCAGAGACUUGUGUAUAUAUACAAGUUUUUGGUCUCGAUGAAGACUAGAAGCCUGGUUUUGUUUGAGAAACUGAUUGAUCUAGGAAUGUCGGAAGCUUUGUUACUUUCCAUAAUACGAGUGUCAAGAAACGAUCAAGAAUGUUUGCAGCCGCAAGCAAAUCUGUGAAGGUUAGCCGUCUGGAAUUGGAGGUUUUUUUAGCCGCAUGGUCACUCAUUUCGUCUUGCUGAGCCCAUCAGCUUUUGGUAUUUUUGUUCCAGAUGUGUGGAGAAAGCUUUCCUUCUGCCAAAUAGCCAAAAGUUCUGUUAUCUCAUCAGUAGGUUUGUCUUCUACUUCAUUUGCAGUUCACCUCAUCAAUUCCUUGAUAACUGACUAGUAAAGUAGAGAAUUUGAUUUUUAAGCAUCUUUCGAGGUGAAAAGUAUUGCAUCUUUUUCCA